CUCUUGAGGGAGUGCUGGCAGUUCCCCUCGCCCUUUGGCCCUCUCGCUGCCGAGGCAAUGCCCAAAGUGAAGGGGAGCAGGAAGCCGCCCCCGGAUGGCUGGGAGCUGAUCGAGCCCACGCUGGACGAGCUGGACCAGAAGAUGAGAGAAGCUGAGACAGAGCCACACGAAGGGAAGAGGAAAGUGGAGUCUCUCUGGCCCAUCUUCAGGAUCCACCACCAGAAAACACGUUACAUCUUUGAUGUCUUCUACAAGAGGAAAGCAAUCAGCAGAGAGCUCUAUGAGUACUGCAUCAAGGAGGGCUAUGCUGACAAAAACCUGAUAGCCAAGUGGAAGAAGCAGGGCUAUGAGAACCUCUGCUGCCUGCGCUGCAUCCAGACUCGGGACACCAACUUUGGCACCAACUGCAUCUGCAGGGUCCCCAAAAGCAAGCUGGAAGUGGGCAGAAUCAUUGAGUGCACUCACUGUGGAUGCAGAGGCUGCUCUAGGUGAAGCCUUCUGUCAUCAAACUUGUUUUUUGAACUCUGAGGGACAUCCUUCUCCUCAAUGGACUAUGGGUG